GGAAAAUGAUCAUAAUCACUUGCCGGUACUAAGUAUCUUAAUUGAAUAAUAAUAACAGUGGUUAUUUGAUAAUUCAUAUAUGUGCAAUAAAAUAUGACUUGUUUAAGUGAACUUAUAAAACUUUACGUGGAACUUAUAAAUAUAAAGUUUAUUAAACUUACUUGCGGUUUGAUCAUACUUGUGCGAGUGAUCUAAGUAUACUACAAUUUGAUCGAAUUAAAAUUGCUAAAAUCAACGAUAUGCGAAGUGGUUGAGUGAGUGACUUGCAAUGGACUCUGAGACUGAAAUCCGAAACAUUAUUAACUGCACCCAGCAGGCAUUGGGGUCGGAUUUUCCUUGGGACGCGCUCAACGUUUCGCAGAUACUGGACUUGCUGCCGAGUCAGAUCCUCGGGGACAUCGACCUCAAAGUCACUCUCGGCAACUGUAUGGGGCUGGGCAAGAGGCCGUACAGCCCCCCCUGGUGGGGGCAGCUGGCCUGGUUCGUGGUAUUCGCGGUGAUGCUGCUGCUCGCAGUGCUGGGCAACACCUUGGUCAUUUGGAUUGUUUUGGCACACCGCCGUAUGCGGACAGUGACCAACUGUUUCCUCGUUAACCUCGCUGUGGCAGAUCUUCUUAUGGCAACCCUCAAUGGUGCUCCGAACUUCGUGUUUCUUGUGACGGCGCAUUGGCCCUUCGGAUCCGUGACAUGCACCGCUAGUAACUUCACUGCGAACCUCACUGUGUCAGCUGGCGUCUUCACUCUGGUUGCUAUUACUGUUGACAGGUAUGUGGCGAUUGUGAAGCCUCUGCAACAUCGGUUAAGCCGCAGAGUGGCUCGUGCUGCUUUAUUUACAGUGUGGUUUGCAAGUGUAUUACUUGCGUUGCCGAGCUUACUCUACUCCGAUACAUACACAAAGAAGUACAUAAACGGGGAACGAGAAAUAUGUUUCAUUAAGUGGCCGGAUGGUAGCUACCCAACUUCCAGGACGGAUUACUGUUACAAUCUGGUAUUCUUGUCGGUGACUUACGCGGCGCCGAUGGUUGUCAUGGUGUGGGCAUAUGCACGCAUGAGUGCAGCACUGCGAGGAAGAACCAUAGGAGAGUGUACACACCACCAGAUGCAAGUUGUGAGGGCUAAGAGAAAGGUGGUGAGAAUGUUCGUACUAGUAGUCGUGGUCUUCGCACUCUGCUGGCUGCCGUAUCACGCGUACUUUGUACUGGUGUACCACCAUCAGUCACUCGCCUCGUCGCCGAUCGCACAGCAUGUCUAUUUGGGGUUCUAUUGGCUCGCUAUGGCCAACUCUAUGUUUAACCCGCUCAUUUAUUACUGGAUGAGUAACAAGUUUCGAAUAUACUUCAAGCUAGUGCUAUGCUGGUGUCAAGCUUCAAAGACUCCGACGCCGAUAAACUUGACGAAGCAAUUCGAGAUGAACAAAUCGUUCUCCGUGAGCCAGCGGCCUCGGGACGCAUCGUCCUUAAAUCGGGCAUGACAUUCGCGACGGCGCAGCAAUUUGUCCCGCUCAUUGCCAGCCAACGAUUUAUCGAACGGCACUUCGACUGUGACAAAUAGCGUCAUAGUGAGAACUAACCCUCGCGGAGAACCAGACGGUGAUAACCGAUGUCAUGUAUGUGAAGACAAGUUAUAAGC